UGAAGUGUAAUAAUGGCUUCAUCAUCUUCUUCUUCUUCCAGAGUUUCUCAAAAAUAUCAUGUUUUUCUUAGUUUUAGAGGUGAGGAUACACGUGACAACUUUACAAGCCAUCUCCAUGCAGCUCUGUGUUCAAAGAAAAUCAACACUUUCAUUGAUGAUGAGCUUCAUAGAGGAGAUGAAAUUUCAGAAGCACUUUUGAAUGCGAUCAAAGAAUCAAUGAUCGCGGUUAUUAUCUUCUCGAAAGGUUAUGCCACAUCUAGGUGGUGCCUUGAAGAACUUGCAAAGAUCAUUGAAUGCAAGAAAGCGAGAGAUCUGAUGGUAGUGCCAGUUUUCUAUCACGUGGAUUCAUCAGAUGUAAGGAAUCAAACUGGAACGUUUGGAGAAGCAUUUGCGAACCAUGAAGAAAAGCAGACUUCAGAGAAGGUGAUGAGAUGGAGAAAUGCUUUGAAAGAAGCAGCUAAUCUAUCUGGAUUUGAUUCCAGUAACAUUAGGCGUGAAGCUGUGUUAAUAGGGGAAAUUGUCAAAAAUAUAUUGGAAGAACUGAAUAAAAUGUCCCCGAGUGAAAACAAGGACCUCAUUGGGAUAGAAUCAAAAAUAGAGAAACUUGAAUCGCUAUUAUGUCUUGAAUUAAAAGAUGUUUGCAGGAGUGUCGGGAUUUGGGGAAUGGGUGGUAUAGGCAAGACAGCUCUUGCUUGUGCAUUAUUCACCAAAAUCUCAAGUCAAUUUGAGAGUGUUCAUUUUCAAAAUGUUGGGGAAAAGUCGGAAAAAUGUUUGGGUGAAGAACUUCUUUCUGCAAUAUUAGAAGAUCGAUGGGCUGUUUUAGAGUCCACCUUCACCAAAAGCAGGUUUCACAAUAAGAAAGUUCUCAUUGUUUUUGAUGACGUGACCUGUUCAGAGCAAAUAGAAAAGUUAAUUAGAGAUCUUGAAUGUUUGGGUCCUGGAAGUCGAGUCAUUAUUACAGGAAGAGAUAAACAAGUGCUUAAAACUUGUGGAGUAAAUCAUGGUGACAUAUAUAAAGUUGAGGGAUUACCAUCUAAUGAAUCUCUUAUACUUUUUAGUCGCCAUGCAUUUAAACUGGAUCAUCCCCCUAUAGAUUACUUGGAGCUAUCAAUAAGAGUAAUAAAAUUUGCUCAAGGUGUUCCAUUAGCUCUUAAAGUUUUGGGUUCUUCACUAUUUGAGAAGGAAAAAUCAUUAUGGGAAAGUACAUUGAUUAACCUAGAAAAAAAUCCAAAUCCAAAGAUCCAAGAAGUGCUGGAAAUAAGUUAUAAUGGACUUGAUGAUCAAGAGAAAAAUAUAUUUCUAGAUAUAAUAUGCUUUCUUAUUGGAGCUGAAAGAAAUAUUGCAACAGAAUUCCUUGAUGGUGAUGAUUUUGAUUCCGACAUGGGAGUAUCCAAUCUCAUUGACAAGUCUCUUAUAACUCUAGAUGAUAUUGAUAGCAUAGAAGUGCAUGAUUUGUUACAAAAAAUGGGGAAGAAAAUUGUCAAGCAAGAAUCUAAAGAUCCAAGUAAACGCAGCAGAUUAUGGCAUCAUGAUGAUAUUUAUAAAGUUUUAAGAAGCAACACGGGAAGUGAAACAAUUGAAAGCAUCUCCUUAGAUAUUUCUAAAAUAAAAGAGUUAAACUUGAAGUGCAAUGUUUUCUUGAAGAUGCAAAACCUCAGAUUCUUGGACUUUUAUUGCCGAAGCAAGGUAACUCGACGUGGAAUCUGGAACGGUUACAAUUGUCGGUGGUAUUUUCAUUGCUUUUGCUUUGAAUUAAGAGAAGAUCAGGAUCGUGAUAACUGUGUAUAUUGCUCAAUGGAUGAAAAGGAUGUGAAUAAGGUGCAUGCUUUGCACGGCCUGGAGUUCAGUUCAUGCAACAUAAGGUUAUUUAGCUGGUUCGGAUAUCCUUUGGAUACAUUACCAUCAAAUUUUGAGGUGGAAAAUCUUUCUCGACUUAUCAUGCCGUGUAGCAAAAUUAAACAACUCUGGAAUGGUCUUCAGCAUUUAGAGAAGUUGAAGUAUAUCAACCUCAUCCACUGCAAGUACCUAAUUAGAAUUCCAGAUCUCUCAUCAGCCCCAAAUCUUGAGAGUUUGAUUCUAGAAGGUUGUACAAGUUUGAUUGAGGUUCAUUCAUCAAUUCAAUAUCUGAAUAAGCUGGUUAUCUUGAAUCUUAAAGGUUGCAAAAGCCUUAACAGUCUUCCCGCCAACAUUCAAUCAAAAUUUCUUGAAUAUCUCAUUCUCUCUGGUUGCUCAAAUCUCAAGAAGGCUCCAAAGAUCACAUGUAACGUGGAGCAAUUAUAUUUUGAUGGAACAUCUAUAACAGAGUUACCCUUCAUUGAAUAUCCAUCAAAACUAGAUAGGUUGGAUCUUAAAGACUGUUCAAGGCUUGAAAGUCUCCAGCAGUUAGGAAAAUUGAAGAAACUUCAUAAUUUAUCCUUGAGCGGAUAUAGGGGUCAAGAUCUAAUGGUGGAUUCAGUAUGGUCUCUUUUAUCAAAUUUGUCUCUCUAUAUAUUAGAUUUGUCUGAUUGUCAAAUCAUGACGUUACCCAGCAUUCUUGGUGAGUUUAAAUCUCUAUAUUCUUUAAAUCUAAGCAGAAACACUUUUGAAUCGAUACCAUCAAGCUUCAAAAAACUUAAAUUGAAGUAUCUAGACAUAAGUUAUUGUGAGAGGCUUAAAUGCUUACCAUUAGGCGCUGAAACUGUUGAAGCAUACAAUUGUAUGUCAUUGGAGUUUUGUGAUUUGGAUUUAUUCUCGUCGGUGAAGAAGGCCAACUAUGGUAACUGUUUAAAACUGUAUCAGAAUAUGCUGAAAGCCAAUUGGGGAGAGAUUGCAGGUAGGAUAUUAUUUCAUGGUCCUUUACUUUGUCCUGGAAAUGAAAUUCCAGAGUGGUUUAGCUUCCAAAGUGUGGGAUCUUCUAUAACUCUCGAGGUGCUACCAGUACCUCAUGAUAUAGUCUUCACUAGUUUGAAAGUGUGCCUUGUUGUAACACCUCAAGACCAUGACGAAGCUCCCCCAUGUUUGUUUAUUUGUUCUAAGGUGAUUGGCAUAGAUGAAAAUGGUCAGAGGCAGGAGAUCGAAGAACUGACAAAGGCAUUAGCAAAAUGGGGAUACUUUCUAAAAGUUGAAUGCAACAGUCCUAUGUCAGAUCAUGUAAUGGUGUGGACUGCUGUCCCAAGUAUCCAGGUCAAAAAAAUUAGCCGGUAUCUUACUUUUGAAUUCAGUGGAAUAUAUCACAAUGUGGUGAAGUGUGGGCUUCGUACAUGUAUCGCCUCUCUUGGAAAACAAUACAAAGGAGAUUUUAGCUCAAACAUGGAGGAGGAACCACAAGCCAAAAGACUGAAAUUUUAAUUCCUUUUCAUUCAGGUAAAGCUUUUGUUGUUUCUGAAUUUGUAAAAUUAGAU